CCCAGCUCCGAAAGCCCUGUGGGCAAGGCUAUAACCGGGAGUAACGGACUGAGGGGCAAACGCCACCGGGCACCCCCGCUCCCCUCGGCCGGGGCAUCCCCGCGGAGACCGCAGGACGGGCCGUCCGGGGCGCUCUGCCCGCAGCGGGCAGGCGCUACCCCCGCUCCGAGCCGCAUCGCCGGGCGAGCCGAGCCGGUGCCCCGAGCAAGCGCUGGAGCCACCGCCUGCUGGAGCCCGGCGAACGCCGUGGCUCCCGGGCGGCAGCGGAGCCGGCGCUCCGAGCAACCCUUCCGGAAUUCCCGGGACGCGCAGCCGCCUCGGGGCCGCCUCACAGCGCCGUGCGGGCUCUGCGCGGCCGUCCCUGAGCGCAGCGCGCUCUCGGCUGCCGACGGGGACGCGCCCCCGCCGCCUCCCGCGCGCUCCCGCCCUGAGCGCAGCGCGCUCUCGGCUGCCGACGGGGACGCGCCCCCGCCGCCUCCCCUGCCCUGCCCUUGCCGGCCCUGCCCGCCGCGCCGCCCGCUGCCCUCCGCGCUGCCCCGCUCCCGGCCCGCGGGGGGUCGGGCUGCGCGCACACGUGUCCCCGCCCCCUCCCGCACUCACCCGCCGCCCUGUACGUGCUGCCCCCGUCACAGGGGGUGGGGGGGACCGGGCCGGGCGGAGCCGCACGUCGGUCUCACGUCAGCGCUGAUGCAGCCGCGCCGCCGCGGGGGCGCCGAGGAAAUGGCGUCUGUGGGGCCUCCCAGCGCCAGCGGCCGCGGCGGGAGGCGGAGCCGCGCGCGGUCCCCGAGCCGCGCUCUGGGCGUGCGAUAG